CCGCGGAGGGGAGCAGCGGGGCCGCCCAUCGCGGGGCGGGGCGGGGCGGGACUGGCGCCUCCCGCCCCGCCUCCGAGCCGAGAAACGAAAGUGAGCUCCUCGGGCGCCCCACUCGCGGUUUCUGCGCAGCUGCCUUCCGCGCCCUCCGUCCAGGCGCCGGUGGGGAGGGGGCUGCUCCCCGCCCUUGGCCCGAGAGACCGGCGGCCCUCCGGAGGGUGCAGCCUUCCCUUCCAGGCCCAGAAAAGGGAACCAAGGAGCCCCAUGGAGACCUCAGGGAAGCAGACGGCCUUGGGGCAGCUGGGCCAGGAGGCCACCUGUCCACUCUGCCUGGACCUCUUCGAGCAGCCGAUGGGCCUGUCCUGCGGGCACAACUUCUGCCGCGACUGCCUGGCCCAGCUGGGCGCUGAGUUUUCUUGCCCCCAGUGCAGAGCCAAGGUGGGGCGUGACAGCGCCUGCCCCAACCAACCCCUGGCCAACAUCGUCUGCCACCUGAAGAGGCUGUGGCUGUCUGGGGGAGCCCAGGAGGAGGGCAGCCGCCGCCAGCUGUGCCAGGAACACGGGCAGCCCCUGCAGACCUUCUGCUCCAGUGAGAAGAGCCUCCUCUGCCCCGGCUGCCUGGAGGGGCACCAGGACCACCCCCUCCUCUCUCUGCCCGAGGCUGCCCAGGAGUACAAGGACCUGCUGGAUGGCCUCCUGGAGCCCCUGAGGAAGGAGGGGCAGAAGCUGCUGGAGCAGAGGCAGGCAGAAGAGCAGAGCCGGCAGGAAUGCCAGGAGCAAUUUGCCUCUGAGAAGCAGAAGGUGGGCCUGGCGCUGGAGUCCCUGCAGGAGCUGCUCCGGGGGGGGCAGUCGGUGUGGCUGGCCUGGCUGGCCGAGCAGGAGGAGAAGAUGGAGGCCGAGUGGGGGGUCGCCCUGGCCCAGCUCUCCGGGGAGGCCUCCCGCCUGCAGCAGCUGAUGGCCCAGACGGAGCGGAAGUGCCGGCAGCCGGACGGGGAGUUCCUGCAGGACAUCCAGGACACUGUAGACAGGUGCCGGAGUUACCUGGUAGGACGCGCAGAGAGGGUCUCUCCAAGGCUGCAAGACAGACACGGGGCCUUCUUGGAGAAAAACGCUUCUGUAAGGCUGGUGGUGGACAAUUCCAAAGCCUCUCUGCAGAAGACUCUGACCAGGGGGAACCUGGAUCGACUUCUGGCCACGGCUCCUGCUCCAGAGAAGCCAACAUCUCGAGUUUAUAUCAAGCCGAACAAGUCAACCGCCCACCUCCGGCUCCUGUGCCAAUGGUCGAGUGUGAGUUGGGACAAGAGUUACAACGAUUUCCCGGAGACGCCAGAGAGGUUCGACCGGGAAUUGUGCGUCCUGGGUUCUGAAGGGUUCACCACAGGAUGGAAGUGGUGGGAAGUGACCGUGAAGGAGCCAGACAGUGUCCUUGUGUUGGGCAGACCAUACUGGGCCAUCGGGGUGGCCAAAGAGUCCGUCCGCAGGAAGGGGAGCUUCCAGCUGAGCCCCCAGGAGGGAAUCUGGGCCGUGGGGAAGAGUGCUGGGGGGGAGAUGGUUGCUUUCUCCAAGAGUCCGCAGAAGCUGAGCUUGCGAUGUCCGCCGCGGAGGCUGCGGGUGAGGCUGGGCUACGAGGCAGAAACGGUGGAGUUCCUGGAUGCGGAGACGGAGACUUUCCUCCACAGCUUCCAGACGGGGCCCUUCCUUGGCGAGACGCUCCGGCCUUUUUUCUAUCUGGGCCAGCAGGGGCUCUGCCUUUCAAUGUGAGGGAUUAUCCUAUGAAAAGUAUUUGGGACUGAUAGUCCUCAACUUACAACCGUUGGCAGCCAUCCCCAGGGUCACCUGGUCAAAAUUCGAGGACGCUUGGCAACUGACUCGCAUUUAUGACAGUUGCAGCGUCCUGUAAUCACGCGAUCCCCUUUCGUGACCCCCUCUGACCAGCAGAGUCCAUGGAGAAGCCAGAUUCACUCAACGGCCGUGGGACUCAUUCAAGAACUACAGUGAUUUGCUUAGCAUAUGUGGCAAGAAAAGUCGUAAAAUGGGGCAAAACAAAUUUCUCACUUGGCAACGUCAAUGUUGGGCUCAACUGUGGUUGUAAGUUGAGGACUACCUGCAGCCCUCCAGUGUGGAGUCCACCUUAGCCACCUCCCCGAUUCCUGUUCAUGCGGGGGGGGAGGAAUGGACAUAACUUGAAGCAGAAUAGAUGGGGCUGUAGAGGAGGCUGCUGGGCCUCCUGGCACCUUCAAGACCGCAUCUGGCAAGAGGGCCGGAUGUUGUCCAUUGUCCUCUGGGACAUCCUUCCAACCCUCCCCUCUAGAGUCUGCUAGGGUUUCUUGGUGGUCUCCCCUCCACCCACCAUGUCUGACCUUCUUAUAAUUUUGCCAUGCUCAGUCCAGGCUGGUUGGGGGAUGCCAAGAGCUUCUGGGCUGCCCGUGGCUGGGGGGUCCGGCUGACCGAGAGGUUGUGGGGCUGAGAUGCAGCAAUGCCUCCUGGCCCCUCUGAGCCCCCUUUUCAAGUGUCCCCUUGUGUGGGCGAAUCCCUGGAUGCCGCCUCCUGCUAGAUGCUGCAACCUUGCUCAACCAUGGCACCCGGGAGAUGUGAGGACUUCAACUCCCAGAAUUCCUCAGCCAGCAUAGCUACCUGGAGACUUUUGGUGCUGGAAGUCCCUGCAUCCUCCAGGUGCUGCCAAGGUUGGGAAUCCCGGCCUUCCUCUGUGGCUGGCAGUUUAGAUGAGAGAUAGACGGUUAAAGGACCUUUAUAAUCAAUAACUUCAUUACUUGUAUCCUUACGAUUUAUAUUGACUGUUUCCUAAUGUGAUUUGAUUCCUUAUUUGUUCCCUGUGACUAUCAUUAAGUGUUGAACCUUAUGAUUCUUGACAAAUGUAUCUUUUCUUUUACAUACACUGAGAGCAUAUGCACCAAAUUCCUUGUGUGUCCAAUCACACUUGGCCAAUAAAGAAUUCUGUUCAAUUCUAA